CUAAUUAAUUCCCCCCUACUUCCCUCCCUCUUCUAAUGAAAUUACUAUUCCCUAUUUCGCCUUUAUGUUUUCUCCCUCACUCCCUGCCUUCAUCUCCUUCCAUACCCAGCCACCGAAACGCCAACUACUGCCCUCCUUCUCUCCAUCUCCUUCCAUACGUUCGUACAAGCUCUGAAUUCGGACGAUGGAUCCCCCAAUUCUAGGGUUUCCAGUUCAAUUUUCACUCGCAUACUAAAGUGAUUUGAAUUUAUUUCAACCCUCUCUCAUAUGAAAAGCAAGAAAUACGCGGUCUAAGUUCGCCACGAUUCUAGAUUGUUCGAACUCCUCUCUCUAUUCUUGUUUUCUCUCCUUUUUAGAUCUCAAACCAUAAUUCCCUAAUUCUUCUCGCUCCUCUUUGAAAUCAAGAAAUAGGGAGGAUUUUUUGGCAAAGUUAAAUCAAGAGGAAGAGAAGGGCGAAGAUGUUCGACAUUCAGAAAUGACCAAGGUUCGAUUUUUUUGCAAACCACUGUUGUUCCCAUGAUGCUGUUCCGGAGCAUGUCAAAAGACGAAUUAGUUGAGCUCCUGCUGAUGCUAUUAGAGAUGCGUUUAAAUUGGAGUUUAAUGAUGAAUGUAAUUUACCAAGCUUCCAAGGAUAAUCUCACUGUGUUUUCUGCUGUACCUAAAGCAUCUUUUCUUCCUAUGUCAACGCAUCUAGGUCGUACAAACAUAUCGAUGCACUUUUGAGGAUCUCUGGUGUGUCUGGUGAGGGAUCAGGUGUUACUGUUGAAGGUAAUGCUCUUGCUUCUGAUGUCGCUACACCUCCAGCAGCUGACUCUAAGGCUUCAGCUGAUGAUGACGACGACGAUGAUGAUGUUGAUCUUUUUGGGGGAAGAGACUGAAGAGGAGAAGAAGGCUGCUGAAGAACGAGCGGCGGCUGCUGCUGCUAAACCCGCUAAGAAGAAAGAAUAGGUUGUUGUGGUGUCUUGAGGAGCAGGUUUUGAAUCAAUCUGAUGGUGAUGAUGUUUUUAGGGUGUGACAAUGAUGAAUAAGCUAUUGCAAGGAUGGAGGAAUCACUAUCAGGCAAAAGGAAAAAUGCCCCAACGUCCAAAGCGUUGGCUGAGAAGGCAGCUUCAAAGAAGAGGCCGUCCACGACCGGGGAUACGCCUCCCCCCAAAAAAUCCAAAGGCUUCACAGCCAAGAAUAAAAAACCCUCUCGGCCUUCUUUGCCAAAGGUCGUGAUUUUUAUACCGGCCGAGGAAGACCCUCCUACUACUGAGGAGAGGGCCUUGGUCACUUAUGCCGGCCCAGUCAAUCCAACCCUCCCUCUUUCUUCCGAGCAAUCGGACGCGGUUGUUCACUUGGACGAGACAGGGAAACAAUCUGCCCAGCCGGACGCGGCUUUGGAUGGGUCGACCUUAUCUGGGCCGGUGGCCAAGCUGGUAUCACAGAUGCCGGAAGCUUAUAGGUCGACUUCCCGAUCUUCUGGUGAGUCUUACUAUUCUAACGUUGUUAGGACUUUGCGCGUUGGCGGGCGCCCGAUGAGUCCGUCCAACAGACAGGCCGUAGUUAUACCCGUCAGAAAUAUUGACGAGUCACCUCUUUCAGAUAAAGGAAAAGGGGCAGCUGAAGUAGGUCCUGACGGUUCUCCCACUCUCUCGGACGACGAAUCCUUGGCCGCUUUUGCGAGGAUGAAUUUGGCCGAUCGUGAGAAGCUCAAGCAGGAGCUUUUCAAAUGCUUCCCUGAGCCUUAUAUCAAGGGCUUGAGAGGGGCUUCAUCAGGACCUGUAGGCUACAUGUCUCAACUGGCUGCUGAGCUCUUUGCUCGCAACAUGAUUAUUGAGGACUGGGCAAGACUGCUCAGAAAAGAAAAUAAGCAGCUCAUCCGGGAGGUUACCAAAGCGGCGGACCUGGCUCAGUUUCCAUGGUCGAGCAGGAAGUGCUGCACCGCCAGUCCAGGGAGGCCUGGGAAAAGUGCUCGGCUAAAAUGGAGGUCGAGAACCAAAGGUAUAUGCUCCGGCCGACGGAGCUUCUGGACGAGAGGGCUACUUUGGAACUAGUCCUUAAAGACGAAAGAAAUUCACCCUUGCUGGCAGCUGCGGAGCUUCGAAGAGAGAACCGUUAUCUGUGAGGUAAAAACCAUGCACUGGCAGAGGAUGCUCAGUCAGCUUCGAGGCGACCAAGGAAGCCCUGGGCAAGGUGAUCGACAUUUCAAAGUGCUGGGCCGUGAAGGCCUUUGAAAUACUGGCCGAGGAGGAUGAUGUCCCAAGAUUCGUCUGUCGGCUAGACUUUCAAGAAAGUCUUCACAAGGCCAGCAUGGACGGGAAGGAACUUCCGACCUUUUAAGAGUCUUCGGACGACGAAGAAGGAGAGAAAGAGGCCGACCCUGAAGCCCAGGACGAUGAUAACAACAAUCCUCCCGAGGCUUAGUUUUCCCUUUCCUUAGUCUUGGCCGCAGGCCUUUUCUACUUUGUAACUUUUUUACUUUUUUUAUUUUGUAUUUUUAGACUAGGUUGUGAAUUCCUCUUUUGACCUUCUAUAUAAGAGUUUCUUUUUUCUCA